CUGGUCAACACCGUCAGGCUUACCUUCAUCUGUUCUCUGCCUUUAACGGUCUACGGUUAACAAUGUCUGUCGAAUUGAGUCCUAGUGCCCAACUGGGCUUUAAUAGGCCCUUCAACCAGAUCGUCAAACGUACUCUAUAUGUCACAAAUAACAACACACAGCCUGUGGCGUUCAAGGUUAAGACCACAGCGCCGAAGUUGUAUUGCGUCCGACCUAAUUCUGGAAGGAUAGAAGCCGGAGAUAUGUGUGAGGUUGCUGUUCUCCUCCAACCCAUGAAGGAGGACCCACCUCUCAACACCAAGUGCAAGGACAAGUUCCUUGUUCAGACCACCUUUAUCACCCCGGAGCGUGAGCAAGGCAGCAUCGGCGAAUUAUGGGCCGUCGCGGAGAAGACUAGCGGUGAGAGCGGCAUUCACCAACAAAAGAUUAGGGUUGCAUACCUCCCUCCGGAAGGCGAUGGUAUUCCGGAAGAGACAGAGCACCCAGGUCACUUGAACGGUCUGGAUUCGAUGGGUGCUACGUAUGAAACCGUACACGAGCCACCAUUUACCAACGGCCAGGUCGCCGCUGUUGAGCCGGAGGCUUACCCCAUCCCGGUCAUAUCGGCCCCGCACGAAGAGCCCGGUGACGAGACGUUCAACCAAGCGAGGGAAGAAGUGACCCAGGCGUCUAUUAUCCCGCCUCCGCCUGAGCCCGUAUACGAGCCAGAGCCACAGCCCGUAUACGUGCCCCAGCCUGUUUACGAGCCUCCGCCCGUGCCUGUAGAGGUUUACGCACCCCAGCCCGAGCCUGAGUUGAUCCCCGUGCCGAUAGCGCCUGGCCCCAUCUAUAUUCAGGCUCCUCCGCCUACCUCGGAGCCUGGGCCCUUGGAGUUCCGUGCGCCGUCAACAUCCUGCCUUCCUGAGCCAAUAGUCCCGGUCCAAGCGCCUGUCGUUCAUCCCCCACCUCCGGUGGAGGCGCCCGACAGCGGUCUCUUAGCCAAGUACGCCGAUGCGCAAGCAGAGAUCGAGCGCCUACGGGCUAUGCUGGCUUCGUACACCGACCCUGCCCUCCCAAAUGUCGGUCUGCGGAGGCGUGGGCAGCGUUCUCCUCCGGAGGAAGAGGAGCCACGCCCAAGCGAAGAGACCAAGUUCGUCGAGAGUCAGCCAGAGGGUGUCCCGCCCCUUGUGGUGAUCAUGAUCGCCCUGGGAGUGUUCAUCACGACCUAUCUUUUUUUUUGAAUGUCGCGCUCUGAUGAUCAGGUUAGUUUCACUCUUCUUACUAUUAUCAUGUAUCUCCUUGUCCGCCCUCCCACCUUCCCCCGUGUCUAUGCCGAUCAUACCACGUCGGUUUUGUUUAUCGGACCUGCGGAUCGGCAUGUAUACCACCUGAGCCUCUCCACUGAAC